AAAUACCUGCAUUGUUUCUUCCUUCAUCAUCAUCUGCCCCUUGAGCUUGUUUUCUUCAUCCACAUUAAUUUUAAACUAGUAGAGCAAGAGAUGUCCAUAAACUCCGAUGGCUCCAUGUGUAGGUCCAAUAGGCUUGAAAACAUUGAGGAAGAAAAUGUGGUGGAGUGGCUGCCCGUUGCAUGCCCACCACCAGAAACCCCGACUGAGUCCAUGGAGUACUUGGCUAGAUCAUGGAGUGUUUCAGCCAUGGAGCUCUCAAAGGCUCUAUGCAACACAAAACAUGCUGACGAGCCACCAUUAGGUGCUGAUAGCCAGACAGCACAAGCUGACCGUAGCAACUCUUUGCUCUCUCAGAAUCAACCUUUAUUAGCCUCAGAGAGUCCUCCAAUGUCUCCACGAGGUAGUGAUGAUGCCAAGGAACUAUUUCUACUGCAUCAAGCACUCAACCCAGAAUUUAUUUCUAAUCAACAGUUGCUCAGAAAUGGGUUCUACAGGAGCAUCAUGAAGAGAAAAACGAUGGGUCGAUGGAUAAAAGAUCAAAAGGAGCGGAAAAAGCAGGAGAUUAGAGCUCAAAAUGCUCAAUUGCAUGCAGCCGUUUCUGUGGCGGGGGUUGCUGCUGCAGUGGCUGCUCUUGCAGCCUCGUCAGUAGCAUCUCCAGAAAAAUCAAUCACAAAACAUAAAAAGUCUUCAAAGACAUCUACCGCAAUUGCAUCUGCAGCAGCUCUUGUUGCAUCCCACUGCAUAGAAAUUGCAGAGGAUAUGGGAGCAGAUCAUGAUCACAUAUUGUCAGUUGUGACUUCUGCAAUUAAUGCAAGGACCAAUGGCGAUGUCAUGACACUCACUGCUGGAGCUGCUACAGCCUUAAGGGGUGCUGCCACGCUUAGGGCAAGGCUAAACAGAGAGAAUGGAGCUGGGACCAUUGUCCUAACAGAUGAAAAUGUUUGGAACGGAAAGGAAUCAAAUAUCUCACAAGCUCUAAAUUUUGUUUCCAGAGGUGGUGAACUUCUUAAGCGCACUAGGAAAGGAGAUCUCCACUGGAAGCAAGUCUCCUUCAGUAUAAAUUCGAACUGGCAGGUGGUGGCUAAAAUGAAAAGCAAGCACAUGGGAGGAACAUUCACUAAGAAAAAGAAAUGUGUGGUCUCUGGUAUAUACAGUGACAUCCCAGCUUGGCCUGGACGAGAGAUGGAGAAUAAAGAGCAGAUGGCUUACUUUGCAAUACAAACAGCUGACAGAGUAAUCGAAUUCGAAUGCAGAAGCAAAGGGGACAAACAGAUGUGGGUUGAAGGCAUCCAACAAAUGUUGCAUAUGCAUGUGAUAUGAUGCGAUUUUGAGUGAGGAAAAUUUAUGAGAUGGGAAAAAAAUGGACCUUGAUUUUCAAAAAGAAAUUAUUUUAUGUCUGUCUUUU